UCCUAAAAAAGCAGGGGUUUGCUUCUAUCUAAAAGACGCGAGAUUGUGUUCGGCUUCGGUCCUUCGCUUCUCCUUCUCUCUUCAUCGAACAAUCUCCUUUGGAGGAAAAACCCCAACAUCCUUCUCUCGAUCUACACCGUCCGAUCUCGUACCCUAGUCAGUAUCCGCCGUCCGAUCUCCCUUCUCUCUUCUUCUUCCCCUCCAAAGAAGAAAAUGCUACCGAAAAUACUCCAAAACUCCAAUCUUUAAUGGAUUCCAGAGACUCCAUCUCCUCCGAUGGGAAGCUCGACAACCGUCCGAUCCUUACCAUCGAUCUUAACGAGAUCCCAUCGCCACCGUCCGAAACACCUGUCCCAACCCCAACCGAGAUCCCCGACGACGCGCUCUCCGUUGUCCAGAACUACUUCCACCACAACGUCCCCGCCGCCCACGGCCCCCCUGCCGACUUCCCCGGCGAGCCCGGGGUCGGCCUCGCCGUGCCGUGCGGGCUCUGCGGUCGGCCGGAGUCGAGAUGUGCGACGCUUGUCUGCGAUGGGUGCGAGCGCGGCUUCCACCUGAGCUGCAUCAGGCUGAGGCCGCGCCAGGUGGUGGGUGUUGAGGAUUGGGUGUGCGGGGACUGCGUCAAGGGCGGGGCCCAGAGCCAGCGGUGGCCACUGGGGGCGGUGUGUGCUGGCCCGAAGCGUGGUGGGGUCCGGAACCUCGACAUUAAUGCCUUGCCGCCGAAUGAUGCUGACGGCGAAGGAAUUGAGGAGUUGAAUAAUGGCGGACUUCAUACUUCUGGUGUGGAUACUUUUAGUGGCAUUUCAUCCAGUGUGCAAAUGCCAUCUUCAAACUUGGGGUGUGCUGAGAAUGGAUUCGAUCUAGGAAAUGAACCUGGAACGGCAAUGUCCACUGGCAAAUCAGGCUUAGAAGAGAUACUGGCCCAUGGACUUGCUACAAGUAGAAGUUUUGAAGAUACAGUUUUGCGCACUCCACUUAGAGGUAGGCCUAACAGUAAUAAUAUAGCACUAAGGGUAUCACCACUGAUGCAGGCAGAGAUGUUUCUGCAGGCCUUGAGAGAGUUUAUUUCAGAAAGGCAAGGUGUUUUAGGAGAAGGUUGGCAUGUGGAAUUUAAACAAUCUGAAAAUGGAUUUGAUUCCUAUCCGAUUUACUGUUCUCCAGAUGAAAAGAAGUUCAACUCAAUGUUGGAUGUUGGUCGUUAUCUUGGGAUAAUGCCAAACUGCUCUUCUAUAGACAUUGAGGAUGGAAACGAUGGACUUGCUUUGGUGCAGAAAGGGUUGCCCAUUCGUAGAAGAAGAAGGAAGGAGUCAGCAAGACACUCAAGAAUCAAUAGUUUCAUAGAUAAUCAAGAUAGUGUAAGGAGCAAUUGUGAUGGGGAGUUUUCAUCUGAUGUGGAGAUCAUCGAACCCCCCUCAUGUGAUUUCAAGAGCAACAGAAGAUUUACCGAAGCCGGUCCACAGGAAAAUGGUAGUAGCGGAUCCCAGUCCCACCAACUCAAUAUUGAUCUUCCAGUUCAGUAUGAAGAUUUCUUUCUUCUCUGUUUAGGGGAAGUUGAUUUGCGUCCAUCAUAUCACAACAGUACCCAGAUAUGGCCCGUGGGUUAUAGAUCCAGCUGGCAUGAUAAGAUCACUGGUUCAUUUUUUAACUGCGAGGUGUCCGAUGGGGGUAAUGGACCUGUUUUCAAGGUCAGAAGAUGUCCAUGCUCUGCUUCACCCAUCCCAAAUGGGUCAACUGUCCUCUCUCAUCCAAACAUUUCCAAGGAUGAUGCUAAAGAGAGAGCAGAAAAUGAAGACAUUGCCAUUGCUAUGGAUUAUGAGGGUUACGACGAGGAAAAUGAUAUUCAAAUGAUACUAUCUGACCAUAGUCCCUUGCAACUGGAUGUUUCAUCAUGUUUGAGAAGUAGCUUACCCGAAACUUGCCAUGGAUCCUUUAUGCAGGCAAUGGAUAAUUUGCCAGCUCAGUUCAAUUGCCUUCCGGAAAAAGCUGGUGAACUUAUGCACAGCAAUUCAGUUUUGAAGGAUGAAAUUGGCGAGUUCCUGGUAGAAGGAAGAUCUUCUUCUUCAGUAUGGACUCUGUUGUCUCAUACUCUUAUUGAUGCUUGCCGUGAAGUUUACAAGCAUUCAGGCAGUCUUCAGUUUUUCUGCAAGCAUGAUGCAGAUGGAACAUACUCAGAUGCCACGAAUGCCAGAGUUGAAGAUAAUGUUGGCUCAGUAUCUAGGUUCCAUAAAUCCUCUGGCCCUAUUGACAUUCCGCGUGUAAUUCAGAGCGAUGAUGAGCUUGAAACUUCGUGUGAAGCACUAAGAAAAUGGUUAGAUCAGGACAGGUUUGGGUUGGAUAUGGAUUUUGUGCAGGAAAUCAUAGAACAGCUUCCUGGAGCCCAGGCAUGUUCCCAAUAUGAAUUUUUGGAUAAGAGAAGCUACUAUUCCUCAUCACAAACAGUUGGUAGUGGACGUCUUCUGGCUAAACGGAGGAGAGAUCAUGAGGACACAUCAAGUGGUUUGUCUAGAGAAUGUAAACGGUCUAGGAAGCAGGAUGUGGCGGAACACCGGGAACCGGAUGAACGUUCUCUUCCCCCAGGCCGGCCUUUGAGCACUAGACUUCCAGCUGAGCUAGUUGGUGAUGUCUUUGAGGUGUGGGAGUUACUGGGGCGUUUCUAUGAGAUUUUGGGUCUCAAAGAACCUUUAUUAUUUGAGGAACUUGAACAGGAACUUAUAGAUCCAUGGUUUGAUGGCUCAAAUUUUCUUGAGAAGUUGGAAAAGGAAAUUCAGGAGGGUCGAGAGACUCGAGACGUAAAUGUGCAAAGAACUGAUUCUUCAGGCUACUGUACCCUGUCCCAUACUAGUGAGGAGAAUUCCCCCACAUUCAUUCAAGUUGAAACAGGGUCUACGAAGGACGCUGCUCAAGCUAGAGUAGCAUCUCGAACUUAUGGAAGAUGCACUGGUGUAACUUUGACAAAGGCUCAUACAUCAUUGCUGAAAGUGUUGGUGGCUGAACUACAGUCAAAGGUUGCAGCAUUUGUAGAUCCUAAUUUUGAUGCUGGAGAAUCCAAGCCUAGGCGGGGGAGAAAGAAAGAUGUGGAUAACUCAACUCCUCCCAAAAAGUCCAAGAUAGAUAUACUUCCCGUUAAUGAACUGACAUGGCCAGAGUUAGCUCGACGAUACAUUUUAUCUGUCAUAGCUAUGGAUGGUAAUCUUGAUUCUACAGAGAUUGCUAACCGUGAGAGCGGAAGAGUAUAUCGUUGCUUACAAGGUGAUGGGGGAGUGCUUUGUGGCUCACUUGCUGGUGUUGCUGGCAUGGAAGCAGAUGCGUUGCUGCUUGCAGAGGCUGAAAAGCAAAUAUCUGAUUUCGUGAAGAGAGAAGAUGAAGUUUGGCCUACGGAAUACAAAGAUUCUGAAGCGCCAAGUGCUUACGAUACAAUCAUGGUGAAUGGGAGUAAUAUUCCUGAGUGGGCACAACUGCUUGAGCCUGUGAGAAAGCUGCCUACAAAUGUGGGAACCAGGAUUAGAAAAUGUAUUUUUGAUGCCUUGGAGAAAGGUCCACCGGAGUGGGCGAGGAAAAUUUUGGAACAUUCAAUCAGUAAGGAAGUUUACAAGGGCAAUGCAUCAGGGCCCACCAAGAAAGCUGUUCUUGCAGUUCUGGCAGAGGUAUGUGGUGAAAGUCUACAGCAGAAGCCUAGCAAGGGAAGAAAAGAGAAAAUUGUUAGUUCUACGUCAGAUAUUAUUAUGAAACAGUGUCGGAUCAUAUUACGUCGUGCUGCUGCCGCUGAUGAUGGAAAAGUUUUCUGCAAUUUGCUGGGUACAACGCUAUUAAACCCCAAUGAUAAUGAGGAUGAGGGUAUUUUGGGUUCACCAGCUAUGGUGUCUCGCCCUCUGGAUUUUCGGACAAUUGAUUUAAGAUUGGCUGUUGGGGCCUAUGGGGGAUCUCACGAGGCUUUCCUUGAGGAUGUUCGCGAGGUAUGGCACCAUAUAUCCACUGCUUACGGAGAUCGAUCUGAUCUGAUGCGAUUGGCUGAAACUUUAUCCCAAGAUUUUGAGUCAUUAUAUGACAAGGAGGUGCUUAGCCUUGUCCAGAAAUGUGCAGAGGAUCCUGAUCCUGAAAACUUAAGUGCAUCAGUACAGAAAGAACUGGAUGAUGUUCUUGUUAGCGCAAGUGAAAUCCCUAAAGCUCCUUGGGAAGAGGGAGUUUGCAAAGUGUGUGGCAUUGACAGAGAUGAUGAUAGCGUCUUACUGUGUGAUACUUGCGAUUCUGAGUAUCACACUUAUUGCUUGAAUCCCCCCCUCGCAAGGAUUCCUGAAGGUAACUGGUAUUGUCCCUCGUGUGUUGCUGGUCAAGGUAAGGCCCAAGUUGCACCAAAACAUAUGGUCAUUAAUCGACAUCGGAGAAAGAGAUACCAGGGAGAGGACACUCGUAUUCUUUCAGAAGCACUGAAUCAGUUGGCAGCCACAAUGGAGGAAAAGGAGUACUGGGAGUUAAGCAUAGAAGAGAGGACUUUCUUGCUAAAGUUUCUAUGCAAUGAAGCCCUGAGCUCGGUGGUUGUCCGUGAUCACCUCGACCGAUGUGCUGACAUGUCAGCUGAGAUGCAACAGAAAUUACGCUCGCUUGCAAUGGAAUGGAGGACUCUUAAAUUCAGAGAAGAUCUCUUAACUGCCCGAAAUACAAAAGACAUUAUGGGCAAGUUCAAUGGGAUUGGUGAAGCUGCAAGAGAAGGGAUGCCUACCAUCUUUGUGAACAAUGGUAGAUGGAUGGGACAUCCUCAAUUUUUGAGCAACAGACCAACCUAUUAUGCAACAAUUCCUGGUGAUUUGCAGCAAAGAACAUGUACCAACAUAGACAGCAGCCCGGUGGAAAAUGGGCCAAACGAUGUCAACAAACAGCUCGGCCAGUUCUAUAUGAAAAACACAUUAGAGAAAUACUUCAAUAGUAAAAGUCAUACAGGUGACCAUUACGAGCCGUUGAAUAUGAAACUUGAAGAUGCUGAAACUCAAAUGAAAGCUGGCCCAGUUAUGGAUAAGUCUUCCGUGCUUGCAAGUCUCUUCUCCCCUAUGACUUCUAGCCAAGAUAAAUCUGGCACACUGCAAGAACAGCCUUUGUCGAUUUCUCUGCAACAAGGAGGCAGUGAGUUCAACAGGGAAAGGCUAGUCUUCAGUGCUGAAUGUGGAGAUGUACAAACAAGGCAACCUGGCAUCGAGAACAGCUUUCAGAGUAAUAUGAAUGGAAAUCAUGUUUCAAGUGUGGAAAGGAAUGUUUCUGUGGUGCCUAUGUUGGAAGUUGUACCAGGAUCCUGCCAUUUGUCAGAUAUUGCAAAAGUCCAUUUGGUGGAGCAUACUCUUCCAGUGCCCACGGGCUCUACAAUCACCAUGUCCUCUGUGGAUAACCUAUUCCUGGUCCGCCAUGACAAUGUUCGUCCUGAUGUGACUGAGUCAAAACAGGCAUGCGAUUUUGAGUUGCACUCCCUAAGGAAUGAUAUUUCUAAAUUACAGGACUCUAUUUCUGGUAUAGAGUCACAGCUUCCGAAGGUGUCUUUGCGAAGGGAUUUCUUGGGUAGGGAUUCAUAUGGUCGAUUAUACUGGGGUUUGUGUAAGCCUGGUAAACAUCCUUGGUUGGUCAUUGAUGGGAGCAUACCAGUUCAAGCAAAGAGGAGGAGGCUGAAUAACGGCAGGGAGGAGGAACCUUUUACUGGCCAUUCGGUUGGGUCAGCUCUUUUUAGCAGAGAUAUUCACCCUGAGGCGUCUAAGGCUUCUAGUCCACGUGAUUCUGAGCUGAAUGAUGGUAUUUGGAGUUCUAUUGGAUGGGUUUCAUGUGAAUCCGAUGCAGAAAUUCAACAACUUGCUGGCUGGUUGAAUGCUAGUGAUUCAAGAGAGAGAGAAUUGAAGGAAAGCAUUUUGCACUGGCAAAGGCUCGGGUCCCAGCAAUCCAGGGGCCAUGUUCAUGACGAUCUUCAAACCACUGCACCUAAGUCUUCCAAUAGCGACAAGGCUGCAGCCACUCAUUGUCUGGCAACCAAGGCUGCUGCUGUUCUGGAGAAACGGUAUGGUUCUUGCUUGGAGACUGAGACAAAUGAAAUUCCAAAAAAGAAAGGGAGAAAGGGAAAAGCAAGUCACGAAGAGAGAAUGUACAGAUGUGAAUGCUUGGAACCUGUGUGGCCUUCAAGAUACCAUUGUCUUUCAUGCCACCAGACAUUUUGUACUAGCAUUGAACUCGAGGGGCAUAACGAUGGAAGGUGCAGUUCAGGCUUUGUGGGACCCGAUGAAAGUAAGGAAAAUGAAAGCGCCCGGGAAGGGAAGGGGAUGAGGUCUGAAACCACCCGUGAGAAAGAGCAUCCUGAUGAAGCAGAUGCCGCCGAGGUGUCCAAGGGUGGAAAGCUCGAUUUCAGCUCUAGGUUGGUUAAAUUUCAAAAGAAGGAUGUAGCCUGUCCAUAUGACAUAGAGGAGAUCGGUUCUAAGUUUGUCACAAAAAAUUCUAACAAGGAGUUGGUAAAAGAAAUAGGACUCCUUGGUUCAAAUGGAAAUCCAUCUUUCAUUCCAUCUACACCAGCAUAUUUCCUUGACCCCACAUUACUGAUGAUCCGCCCCAAAGGUGAUGAAGCUAAUCCAAUCCUCGAGUUGGCCAUUCCUGAAGAGCACCCUCCAGCUUUCACACCUCAAGGGAUAGAUGAUUCAACAAAGCCAUGCCAUGAUGAUCAUAUGAGCGGUGGUGGGCCAUCAAUCGACAUUUCAUCUCAAAGAUGUGUGGAGAACGGUAUUGAUCCGGAGGCCCAGAAAACUCAGGGAUGCACAUCAGAAUGUAUGAAUGAUAGGGAGCCGGUGUCAGUUCUGGAUAGUAGCAUGGGGGAAUUGGAAGUUGGUCAGAGCUGUACAGUCCCUGAGACUUCGUUGAGGCCUCUUGUCGGAAAGGUUUCUCAAAUCCUUAGACGGCUCAAGAUCAACUUGCUUGAUAUGGAUGCCGCCCUGCCUGAAGAAGCACUGAAACCGUCAAAGGCACAUGUGUCGAAAAGAUGUGCCUGGCGUGCCUUCCUUAAAUCUGCAGAGUCGAUAUACGAGAUGGUUCAAGCAAUGAUCGUCUUCGAGAACAUGCUCAAGACCGAGUACUUGAGGAACGGAUGGUGGUACUGGUCAUCUCUCACGGCCGCAGCAAAGACAUCCUCUGUCACGUCCCUCGCCCUUCGCAUAUAUGCAUUGGAUGCUGCUAUCAUAUAUCAGAAGACACCGCCCAGUUCAGACCCCAUUGUCAACCCAAAGGCAGGCAAGACAGGGAAGAAGAGGAAGGAUGUGGAGAAGAAGGAAACAGAGAAGAAAGAUGCGGAUGGAUGAAUGAUGAUCUUGAGAUGAGCAUUCGAAUUUUGUUGAGAGUAAGAAAAAUCUGGCAAUGUGUGGCGGUGGCUGUAAAUUCUUCUUGCGAGGAGAAGGUCGGAGGAAUACUGCUGCCAGGGCCGCCUCCAUGUAUAUAUAUAGAGAGUGCACUGACAUGCUAACGGAAGGAUGCUGGGUGAAAGGAGGUAUGUAGGUGUACAUUUAGAGAGGAAGAAAGGAAUUUGGGUGUAUUUUGAAUGAGAAUGGGUACCAGUGGAGUUUUUGCCAAGGUCUUCAUCAUUCAGAAGAGAAAUCUCAGAGCUGGUUCAUUUUCAUCGCCAUCAUGAUCAUCAUCAUCACCAUACGAGAAACUGUGUAAAAGAAGCUGAAACCGAGCAGGUGUAGUCAAAAUAUAUCAUUCUUUAUGGGUGGUC